AACGUUAUUUGUAUUAAAUAAAGAUUAGUAUAAAAAAACAUUGCUUCCAUGUUUUGCCGGUUUUGUGGCAAUAAUAUAACAUUUUUUAAAUAAAAAUUUAUAACACUAAUAAUGUUGCCAUUAAUAAUAAGUGUUAUGAAACGAUAUGCACCAAUAAUUACUCUUCCUUUUGCUGCAAUUGUUGGAUUUAUUGGUUAUAAUUUAGAGGAAACAUUUUCCAGUAAAUAUACACCUUCAACACCAUCAAUAUCACAACAACGUUUAGAAAGAAGUUUAGAAACAAUCACCACAUCUUCAGAAAAAGAACGCAACGAAAAAUCAAAAAAACAUAAUCCACUGGAAGUUAAUUUAUCACCUUCUUUGCAAAGUUAAAUACUACGUUAGUUUCACAAGAAUGACAAGAAUUAAAUCAAAUACAAUAAGGUAUAUUCACAAAUAUUGUAAAUUACUUACAAAUUUUCUUUGUUUAUAAUUUUACGGAGACAUUUUUUGCAGAAAAAAAAUGUAAGAAUUUAUGUAUUAUGUAUAAAUUCUUUCUAUGUUUAUGUACAUAAAAAUAAUUCAAUGAUUUGACAAAAUAAUAAAAAUUUACAAUUAUUUUAUUUUAAA